AUGGCUUCUUUAAUCACAGCAAAACGCCUCAUCCCCUUUUAUGUGCUUUCGCCGAUUCAUCGACUCCUUUCCUCUACUUCUCACUCUGUAUCUCCAAAUCCCCUACCAAGCCAAGCCAAUGUCGACCACGAAACCGUCAGCGAAACGCUCUCUUGCUACUCCGACGACUGGAGACGCGCGUUCGAGUUCUUCAACUGGGUCGAAACCAAUUGCCACUUCACCCACACCACCGAUACCUUCAACAAGAUGUUGGACAUUUUGGGUAAGUAUUUCGAGUUCAAUCUUUCAUGGGAUUUGAUUUGUAGAAUGAAAAAAAACCCUCGUUCGUCACCCGAUCAUACCACGUUUCGCAUCAUGUUUAAGCGUUAUGUGACCGCCCAUCUUGUUAAUGAAGCUGUUACCACUUAUGAUAGGUUGGAUGAAUUCAGUUUGAAAGAUGAAAUUUCAUUCUGUAACCUUGUUGACUCACUCUGUGAGUAUAAGCAUGUCGUCGAAGCACAUGAUUUGUGCUUUUUUGGUAAAAAUAAGGAAUUAGGGUUUAGUGUGAAUGAUACUAAGAUUCAUAAUAUGAUUCUUCGUGGGUGGUUUAAAAUGGGGUGGUGGAGUAAAUGUAGGGAAUUUUGGGAGGAAAUGGAUAAAAAAGGUGUUAAAAAGGAUUUGCAUUCUUAUUCUAUCUAUAUGGAUAUAAUGUGCAAGAGUGGGAAGUCGUGGAAGGCAGUGAAGUUAUAUAAGGAGAUGAAGAAGAAAGGGAUGAAGUUGGAUGUCGUGGCCUAUAAUACGGUUAUUCGGGCUAUUGGUGUUUCAGACGGUGUGGAUUUUGGUGUCGGGGUAUUCAGAGAGAUGAGGGAUUUGGGCUGUCAGCCGAAUGUUGUUACUUAUAAUACUGUCAUUAAGCUUCUGGUUGAGAAUGGUAGGGUGAGACAAGCUUAUUCCGUGCUUAAUCAAAUGCUGAAGAACGAUAUUGCGCCUGAUGUGAUUACAUAUCAUUGCUUUUUUGCAUCACUUGAGAAACCUAGAGAAAUUCUUAAGCUGUUUGAUUUGAUGGUUGUGAAUGGGGUUCAACCAAGGAUGGACACGUAUGUGAUGCUUAUGAGGAAGUUUGGGAGAUGGGGAUUUCUUCGACCGGUUUUUAUGGUUUGGAAGAAGAUGGAAGAACUAGGAAGUAGCCCAAAUGAGUUUGCUUACAAUGCUCUGAUUGAUGCUUUGAUUCAAAAGGGCAUGUUAGAUAUGGCUCGGAAGUACGAAGAGGAAAUGCUAGUGAAAGGGCUUUCAUCUAAGCCAAGGGAAGAAUUGGGAACAAAGCUGGUGCAAGGAGAACCUCGUACUUAGUAGCUGCAAUGCUGCUUGUACAUAAUUUUGAAAAUGAGGCUACUACUGAAUUUCUGCUCUCUGACAAAAGGAAUUGGGUGCUCGAGUCAUUGUUAUGCUCAAUGGGGAAGUAACAAGUUUUGCUUUCUGGAAAAUGUCGACUGUAGUGUAACCCUUCACAGGUAGUAAUGUGGGAUACUCGUAUAGAAUUAUAUUCAUGUUCUCCUUUUUAAGGGUGAUUGAGAGCCUGAGACCAUGUUUUGCUAAGAUUCAGAACCAUUGAGUCAUGAGUGCUUGAGCAAGAGUGCAUCUGAUGAUGGCUCCUGCCUGAUUUUGUCUUAAGCUCUAAGAACAGCAGGAAUGAAGCGAGAUGAUUCUGAAAGAACGUCGGUAAUACAUAAGAGGACAAUCACAAGCAAAAUAAAAUGUCGAUCUAGAAACAGCAGUCCAAUUGGUAAGGAUGUGGGCAGCAAAGUUGACGGUUUGCAAAUGUGACGCACCUGUAUACGAGGAUUCUUC